UCUACUGAGUAAACAUAGUCAGCUAGCUUCCCGGUACUCUCACUCAAAUUCAGAGCCACACUUGGUAACGGCUCAAGAAGCACAUUUAACCCCAAACAACAGCGCCGGACCAUCUGCGCUCACACACCCGGGGAGGCCCACCAUGCUGCUCCUGGUCCACGUCAUCCUCACCCUGUGGGUCUCCUGGGCUCGUGGACAAGAAUUCACAUGUGAGCCUCCCGUAAUUCCCAACGGGGACUUUGCCCCUAAAAUGGACCAAUACGAACUUGAUUACGUAAUCACGUACCAGUGUGGAAAUGGCUUCCAUCCUCCCCUGAGGGGAAAUGAGGCAGAAUGCACUGCUCUCGGCUGGCUGCCUCUCCCGAGAUGUGUCCGGAAGCCCUGCGGAUUUCCGGAAAUAAAACACGGACGGCUGCUUCACGCAGAUACAUCGAAAUCACACUUUCCAGUGUAUGAGGGGCGAUCGUUGGCCUACUUCUGUGACUACGGCUAUGUGCCUCCCUCACAAGCUGGCCUGGGCGUCCUAACUUGCACCCAAGACGGAUGGUCCCCGGACAUACCCUGCCUCAGAAAAUGUUCUUUCAAGUCUUUGAGACACGGCUAUGCUCCAGACUCUGAAGAAAGAUACGUCCAGGGCCAGUCCAGAACCGUUAUGUGCCAUCGGGGCUACGGUCUCCCGAACCCACAGAACACGAUGACGUGUGCGGAGAACGGCUGGUCCCCUCCCCCCAAGUGCAUCCCUGUCAGGCAUUGUGACAUGCCAAUAUUCGAGAAUGCCAGAGCCACAUUCACCGGAAAACCAUUUCGGCCCAACGACACGAUGGACUACCAAUGCCUGGAUGGCUACGAAAACAGAGACGGAAGCACCAACGGCUCCAUGGUGUGUGGUGAGGACGGCUGGUCCCACUUGCCAACCUGCUUUAAAUCUGCAGACAAGUGUGGGCCUCCUCCAGAGAUUAGCAAUGGAGACAUCGCCUCCUUCCCGCUAAAAGCGUAUCCUCCGUGGUCAAGGGUGGAAUACCAGUGCCAGGCCUACUAUGAACUCCAGGGUCCUACAGAUGUCACCUGUAGUUAUGGGAAGUGGUCCAAACCGCCGAGAUGCAUAGAGCCAUGCAUAGUAUCCAAAGAAAACUUGGAUGGAAAGAACAUACGGUUAAAAGGGAGCAAUGACAAGACCUAUUACGCAAAAUCAGGGCAUAUCCUGGAAUUUGUGUGCAAAUCGGGACGCAAGGCGGUGACGUCUGCCAGGUCAUUCCGAGCCCUGUGCCUGGAAGGGGCAGUGGAGCUGCCCAGAUGUGAGUGAAGAGGCCAGCGGCCCCAGGUGUGUGGCCAAUCCCACCAGCUGCUCCUCCUGCCUCCGAGCUUGC